AUGCCCUGCGGAAUUCGCAGUUGCCCACUCGCGGAGCUGCUGCUAGCCUGCUGUUGAGUAUUAUAGUGCGGAGAGAGCCAAGAAGAUGACUAGCCUACUCCAGAGAGUGAUGGGAGGGACGGCAGGGGGAAAGGGAGACACGGUUCAGGCCUUUAUGGCAGAGUCGAAAUUGGAAUUCCAGAAGAAAUGGGAAAACUCUCCACAGAGCACUGUAGUCCUGGAUAAUUUCGACCGGAUCAAAACGCUGGGCACGGGGUCGUUUGGCCGUGUCAUGCUCGUGAAACACAAGGCAAACAAGACGUUUCACGCCCUCAAGAUACUGGACAAGGCCAAGGUAGUGAAACUAAAACAAGUUGAGCACACGAUGAACGAAAAGAGGAUCCUCGCCUCGAUAAAGUGCCCCUUUCUCGUGAACAUGGACUACCACUUCAAGGACAACUCCUACCUGUACAUGGUGCUGGAGUUUGUACCAGGAGGUGAAAUGUUCUCUCAUCUCAGAAGAAUUGGGCGCUUCAGUGAGACCCACUCGAGGUUCUAUGCGUCCCAGAUAGUGCUGGCAUUCGAGUACCUCCACAACCUGGACAUUGUCUACAGAGACCUCAAACCUGAGAACAUCCUCAUCGACAGCCAGGGAUACGUCAAGCUGACUGACUUUGGGUUUGCCAAGAAGGUGAAGGGAAGGACAUGGACAUUAUGUGGAACACCUGAAUACCUCUCUCCCGAGAUCAUCCUCUCCAAGGGCUACAACAAGGCAGUUGACUGGUGGGCUCUGGGAGUUCUCGUAUACGAGAUGUCUGCCGGCUACCCUCCUUUCUUUGCCGACCAACCAAUUCAGAUCUACGAGAAGAUUGUGUCUGGCAAAGUGAGAUUUCCGUCUCAUUUCACUGCUGAUUUGAAGGAUCUCCUCAGAAACCUGCUCCAAGUCGACCUCACCAAGAGGUUUGGGAACCUCAAGAACGGAGUUGCCGACAUCAAGGGACACAAGUGGUUCACUGCCGCUGACUGGGUUGCCAUCUUCCUGAAAAAGGUAGAUGCACCUUUCAUCCCAAAGUGUCGGGGCGCAGGCGACACCAGUAAUUUCGACGACUACGAGGAAGAGCCUCUCCGGAUCUCGAGUCAACAAAAGUUCCCAAAAGAAUUUGCAGAUUUCUAGCCCUCCUCCUAUCAUGCCUCUAAUCCCAGAGACUGUAUUCAGUAGUGCAUAUCAUUACGUAAUGAUUGCAUCAUGCGCACAUACUGUAAUAGCAUCAUCUGUUUUAAAAAUCAUAUUGUUGAAAUGAACUGGUUGUGGGCUGAUGAUGUGUGGGUGUGGCCUGUUGAUGGUUGUCAUGGUGAUUCGGGUCUUCUCAUUCCACUGGGCGUGGUUUAAUGAGAAUCCUUCAAUUGAACAACUGUCUAGCUGCCACGAGAGGAGAAAGGGAGGAAGAGAUCAAGAGGAGAGUUCUAUAUUCGCACGCUGCCAGCUCGUGAUGCGGUUGCGGUGUUCCCUGCAUUCCACAGCUUCUCCAAAUCUGGCAAAAGGUCCUAAGGGGGCGUGGUCGGGUAAUACCGGCUCACAGGAAUUCCGUCGCCAUUGCAAAUGAACUUCUCAAAAUUCCACUUGACGAAGCUUCCAAGACCUUUGUGUACACGGGACUUUAGGAACCUGUACAGAGGGUGGGCGUGGCUUCCGUUCACAUCAAUCUUAUCAAACAUGUCGAACUCUGCUCCAAAAGAAGCCGCAAACUGCUUUAUCUCCUGAGCCGUCCCUGGCUCCUGCAGUAACGAGAGGGACGCCCUCUCUUAAUGGGAUUGUGUGGAUUCUAGUCAAUGUGCCAAAUUGUAUAUAGUUGUUUUUCCUCUGAAAUUACAUGAGUUUACUAAUGGUCUAAUAGAAUAAUGGCGUGUGUUCAAUUGGAGGGAUGCUUAGUAUUAGGUGUAUCGCAAUGGAAAAAAGUUUUGUAAUGUCAAAGCAAUUAAAGGAGGGAUAUUUAUAAUCUUUGAAAUGCAAACCUGUUUUCCAAACUGGUUGCAG